UUUAACAUGAGCACAGUGGCAAAAUCAAAUGAGAAUGCUGGGGAUUCCGGUUGGCAGUCGCCUCGGCCGCGUUGUUACAGAAAGUCGCUGCAAACCUCGAGCACAACUAUAUAUGCGCUUGCCUCAAGCUCAUUGACAAGCGCACAGCAGUUGCGCAGCGGGGCGAGUGUGGCACGCGAGCGCCGCGUGACGGCCUCCCAGCCCUGGCCGGCAGAGCCCUCUCUGGCGCACUGGGCCCAGCCGGCGCCAUAGCGUGCCCUAAACCUGGCGCAGUGGCAGCGGCUGGUGUGUUUGGCGGCGGCGUGUCUGGGCACGCGGCCAGCCCGGAUAUUGCAAUCCAGCGCCGCAGAUGCCACCUGCCGGCGUCGGCCCUGGCCACGGCGGCGGCCGCAAGUGACGUGGAGGCGUGCCGGAAGCUGCGCGGGACGCAGGCUGCGCCAUGGACGUCUCAGUGAUUGACCACUUGACCACUUGACCCAUUGACGGCCAUUUGCAUGUGUGCCGCUGGCUGGCUGGUGGCGCCGCCGGGUCCGCACGGCAGCGGCGGCGGUGGCGACUGUGGCGACUGUGGCGACUGUGGCGGCGGUGGCGGCAGCGGUGACUGCGGCGGUGGCGGCGUCGGCUGCGACUGUGGCGACUGUGGCGGCGGUGGCGGCAGCAGUGACUGCGGCGGUGGCGGCGUCGGCUGCGACUGUGGCGACUGUGGCGGCGGCGGCAGCUUCCCCUUUGGGAGCCGCAGCUCCAACAACUGCUUCUACCUGCAGCAGAGAGCCGCAUACGAGGCCUUCAAGGCGGGGCAUGCUGCCCCAUCAGUGCCAGCAGGUGCCCGCCAUGCACCGCCGCCACCGCCAGCGUGUGCGGCGGACCUGCCAGCAGGAGUGUACGCCGCCGCCACCGCCAGCGUGUGCGGCGGACCUGCCAGCAGGAGUGUACGCCGCCGCCACCGCCAGCAUGUGCGGCGGACCUGCCAGCAGGAGUGUACGCCGCCGCCACCGCCAGCGUGUGCGGCGGACCUGCCAGCAGGAGUGUACGCCGCCGCCACCGCCAGCGUGUGCGGCGGACCUGCCAGCAGGAGUGUACGCCGCCGCCACCGCCAGCGUGUGCGGCGGACCUGCCAGCAGGAGUGUACGCCGCCGCCACCGCCAGCGUGUGCGGCGGACCUGCCAGCAGGAGUGUACGCCGCCGCCACCGCCAGCGUGUGCGGCGGACCUGCCAGCAGGAGAGUGUACGCCGCCGCCACCGCCAGCGUGUGCGGCGGACCUGCCAGCAGGAGUGUACGCCGCCGCCACCGCCAGCGUGUGCGGCGGACCUGCCAGCAGGAGUGUACGCCGCCGCCGCCGCCAGCAUGUGCGGCGGACCUGCCAGCAGGAGUGUACGCCGCCGCCGCCGCCAGCAUGUGCGGCGGACCUGCCAGGCGUGGACGGCAUACCUGCCGGGCGUGGACGGCGGGCCUGCCGCAGCAGCAGUCGUGCUUCUGCAUGGCGUGCAAGGCAGGCCUCGUCCUUACUUCCGCUGCACGCUGGCUGCUGGCGGCGACCACCGGGGACGGCUGGGCCGCGACCACCGGGGACGGCUGGGCGGCCAAGGCAGACUGAAUCGUGGCCAAGUGAGGUUGAGGGCACUGCGCGGAGGGGCGUAAGGGCUGGGGCGGGAAAGGUGCGGGCGCAGGGGGACAGGAGGCGCCGUGCAAACGAACUGGACGGAUGCUGUGGGGGCUGUGGGGGCUGGAUAGAGCAGUGAUGGCGGCGGCGGGGAAGCCGAGGGCACUAACACACAAUAUGUGGUGGGCGAGCUGUGCGACCGAGGUUGUAUCCAGGACCUGCCUCGCUGGCGUGUCUGUCGCCGGGGUGCCGAGCGGGGGGGAAUGCAGCAUAUUCCUAGACUCAGACUUUCAACAGCCAAUGCCGGUAUGCGAUGUCAAGGCGUGACCGCGCGGCUGGUACAUAGAACGCAGGCGUCGCUCACUUCGGUCCGCGCUGCAUCAGCAGCCCAGCGCAUGAAGGCGGCCUGCGCGUACGUGUUGCCCUCCCUAAUGGAUAAAGCUCGCCAUCCAAUGUAGCCAUACA